AUGCAAGUUGUUAACCACCACCAUUCCAAUACAAAUCCAAUAGUUACACAGAAGCAAGCAGAGGCAGCCAUGGCCAUCAAGCAUGUCCUCCUCUUCUUCCUCUCUUCCCUCGCCUUCCUCACACUCACCAUUGAUGCUACAAAUUCUACUAGUUUUGAACCCAAGGUAAUCAUUGGCGUACAGGGAGUUAUCUAUUGCAAAUCAGGCUCAGAACAUAUUCCCAUUGAAGGAGCCAAGGGGAGAGUAACAUGCUUAGUGGUUGAUGAGAAUGGAUAUGAAUCAGCCAUCACUGUCCUCAGUGAUAAAACAGAUAAGAAUGGUUACUUCAUAGCCAAGUUGUAUCCCUCGCAGCAUGAAGAGCUUGAAUAUAAAGGGAUCCUCACACGGUGUAAGGCUUACCUUAACAGCUCUCCAUUGAGGAAAUGCCGUGUUCCAACUGAUAUCAAGAAGGGAAUGAGUGGUGCUCCUCUUUUGUUGCCCCGUAUUCUUCCUGAAGAGAACAUUCAUUUGUACUCGGUGGGACCUUUUGUGUACACCUCUGAGCCUGAAUUCCUUGAUGGUUAUUGA